AUGACCACCGCAAAUAACUAAAACUAACCCUACUAAGAUUUUGAGGAUUUCUAUGAAACAACUGAUAAAGUUAAUGUCCGUUUUAAUCUUACAAUCGAAAAUAGUCAAGAAAAUAUCAACAUGUUUUCUUCUAGUGCUACUCAAUAAAAAUAAAGCAUCCAAAUAUAGCCAUUUAUAUAAUUCAAGAAAAGUGGACUCCUCAAAAUUUACUUCAAAAUUGUCGACUUCAAUAAUCCUAGUAACACAACUAUUAUCAACAGCGAAAUAGAAAUGACCUCUCAAUCAUCCAGCGAUUCUUAAAUUUCUAACAGCGACUGUUUCCUUAGAGAAGUGACAACAGGACCUUAGAGCUAUCUUGAUGAGGACCAUUAUCUUUAAUAAAAAGCUAAUGAAGACAACCAUUUCAAUUAAAACUAGCUUUUUGCUUUAUAAAAAAAAAAUUAAGGAUCAAAUCUUAAUAACAUAAUAAAAUAUUAAAAAAUUAACUCAAACAAAAUUCAUGUAAAAGCUACUGGUAAGAUGUUAGCAAAAAAAGUCAAAAGAGCUGAGGAAAAAUACCUAUAAAAAUAGAAAAGAAAGCAUGAAUCAUUGAUGAGAGGUGCCCAAGAUGAUGAAAAUAACUAUAUUUGCUAGAGAAUCGGCUAAAACGUUAAUUUAAAGAGGAUUUCUGAAAAUGCUUACAAAUUGAGAUAAACUCAGGAAACACAUGAAGAUAUGGAUACUUUAAACUAAAAGGACGAUAGACUUAUGUAAUCUAAUCAAUAUGAAACUUCUCAAAGCGAUAUCCUCUUUAACUUGUAUCAUGGAAAUACUUCAUCUUAGCACUCUCCAUAGAUAGUUCCCUUAAAUCAUGCUUAAAGGGACUCGAAAAACGACAUCCAUUCAGAGUUUGCAAGCCAUUCAUCAUAGCUUAUUGAUAAUAACCAGGCCAUAUCUCUUUCUCAAAGAUUUAAAUCCUAAACAGCCUUUUAGACCAAGAUUGAGUAAUAAGAAAAUAAUUUUAUUGAUAAUUCCAAUAAUGAAUACCAAGACUUAUCAUAUAGUAAUAAAUCUUAAGAAUAAGUUAAUGCUGAUGGAAUUACAGUAUUUACAAGAACUAGAAGAAAUUACUUUUCAACUCCUUAGCUUUAGGGAGCUUUAUUAAAUGAAUUACCAUUAAAGAAGGUGCACAUUAAGCCUGCUAACAACGAUAAUAAUAAAGAUGAAAACGGAGUAUGUAAAGGAAAUGCUGUAAAUAUGGCUAAAAAUAUUCUUAAAGGUUUUAUGGAGUAUGUGUUUGUCUCAGCUAAAGAAGAGGAUUUAAUUGAAUGCUGCUCUAUUAAUAAUUAAAAGAAUCCUUAAGAAAAUUAAAGUGCAAUAUAAAUGGAAUCAGAGCCUAUGGAUUUGUAAGAAAAUGAGGAUGUAUAAAAUAUUUCUAAAGAACAAAUCCCAAAUAAUGUAGACUAAUAAUAAGAAUAAGAUGACGAAAAUGAAAACUGUGAAGCAGAUAAAAUAGAAGAAUAUGCUCCCAUUAAUAUUGAAGAAGUAAAAGAUUAAAAGUAAAUAAUUGAUAGUAUUAGAAAGAGAUUUAAAAAAUAAUACAAUUCUAAGAUGCUUGAAAAACCAAGUAAUAGUAAACUUCUUAAAUUAUUCUCUAACAACAACUACGGAAAAUUAUUUAAGCACUACUUUAGUUCCUAAGAAAUAAUGGACUAUAUCGAAUCAUCUAACAUUUAAAACAAAAUAGCUCAUAAAGAUUUAGUUGAAAAGAUAAGAAGCACCUCCUUUGAUUUUGAAAAACUCUAGGAUGUUCUCAAAACCAGAAUCUUCAAGAGACCUCCUUUCCAAAAACCCUAAAAAUGA